CCGUUGGUACGGUCUUUCUGUCUUUCGUCAAAUUUACACACGUUGUGAAAUUGUCGAAUUUGCUCAAAUUUUUCGGUUUGAGCCGUUUUUUAAGUAAGUUUGAACGCGCCAAACGUAAACAAUGAGUUCCCUGAAGCUCCAGAAACGUUUGGCCGCCUCUGUAAUGAGAUGCGGCCGAAAAAAAGUGUGGUUAGAUCCGAACGAGAUCAACGAGAUCGCCAACACCAAUUCGCGUCAGAACAUCCGUAAACUAAUCAAGGAUGGUCUGAUCAUCAAGAAACCGGUGGCCGUGCACUCCAGGGCUCGCGUCCGCAAGAACACCGAGGCCAGGAGGAAAGGUCGCCACUGUGGCUUCGGCAAGAGGAAAGGUACAGCCAACGCGCGUAUGCCCCAGAAGGAGCUGUGGAUCCAGAGAAUGCGAGUGUUGAGGAGACUUCUGAAGAAGUAUCGCGAGGCGAAGAAGAUCGACAGGCAUCUCUACCACAACCUCUACAUGAAAGCGAAGGGUAAUGUGUUCAAGAACAAGAGGGUUCUUAUGGAGUACAUUCAUAAGAAGAAGGCGGAGAAGGCACGUGCCAAGAUGUUGAACGAUCAAGCUGAUGCCAGGAGAUUGAAGGUUAAGGAGGCCAGGAAGCGACGCGAAGAAAGAAUCGCCGCCAAGAAACAAGAAGUGUUGCAGAAUUAUCAGCGAGAGGAUGAGGCUGCAGCUGCAGUUAAAAAAUAGAUUUUUAUUUUUUAGCAGUGUAUGUUUCUUCUGUGUAAUAAAUAAAAAUCUGGUUUCUUA